AUGAAAGAAGAACUGCAGGGAUUGCACCUGCCAGACGCAGAGACAAUCGCAAACCGCUUGCGACAAGACCAAAAAGCCUGCAGGGAGAGAAAAGUGCCUAGUAAUAUAGCAAUCCAGCUAUCUUCAGUUACAGAUGCUGUGUUUGACGAAAUAGCGUGGCACCUAACUCCGCACAGCGAAGUUUCGAAAGCAUUGCGGUCGACUAGAUGCAACAGCAUUAUCAAAGGCAUCAAGGCCUACCUAGGCCAAUUGGAAGUGAUGACCAAAUCCGAUGAACAUACAUCUAUGGAUAGUAUGCACGUCCCAACAUCAGACGAGUUGGAGACAACACUCAAAGUGCUGGACUAUCUUCAAAAGCACAGAGUGGUUGCUCCAACAAAGCCUCUGUCUGAGGUUCUUCUAGCCGUACGAGAACAAUUAUCCUUGAACGAUAAUACUCGAUACACACAGCAUGAACGAUUCCAGAGAAACGUUGCACCAAGAACCUCAGAUGUGAAGAAGAGAUGUUACAUCUGUCGGUACCGUUUCUCGCCGACUGAUUCCCACGAACUUUACCCGGCACUAUGUCGCCAAUGCGGCAUGUUUAACAUCGGCUGCUCGAAUCUCUCCCUACCAGAAAAAUUGGACCUCAGUGGUAAAAUUGCGCUUGUUACUGGCGGGAGAAUAAACCUAGGUUACUUCACUACGUUAAGACUCCUCCGUUGUGGAGCCAAAGUCAUCGUAUCGUCUCGGUAUCCAGCCGAUGCUGCAUUUCGGUAUUCCACAGAGCCAGACUUCAGUCAAUGGAAGAAAAGAUUGAAACUAGUCGGCGCAGACUUCAGAACAGCAAAUGAUGCUUUUCGGCUAGUACAAAUUGUCAAACGAUUACUCUGUGCUUGGGACGGUGAGACUCCAUCUGAUACACCACAAUCCCUGGAUAUACUUAUCAACAACGCGGCACAAACCCUCACCGAUCCCGUCAAAGGAGAAGUGCGAGCUAUCUCCAGAGAAGACCAUCUGAAAAAUCAUCCAAAGGCCAUCGCUCUACUCGCAGAAUCCGAGAACGAAAGAUACACACCCCGCGUAAGAGGAGGACAGCAAGCAACUUGGAUCCCACGCAUUACGAACAACAGAACUCAGGCUCAAAUUGAAGACGCAAGCAAUGACCAAUCUACAAACCAAAUAGCCACAAAAGGCCUCCGAACAACCGAAAAUGAAGAUGAAGAGCUCUCAAAAUCAUCCUGGGUUCAAUCCCUCCACGAAAUCCCCUACUCAGAUCUAAUAAGCGCCCACUCCGUCAACGCCUUCGUGCCUCUAAUUCUCUGCCGCGAGCUCCUCCCAGUAAUGGGGACCCCACCUUCCUCAUCCUCUCCCUCUCCAUCCACACCCGCAGGGUACAUAAUAAAUGUCUCAUCCCGCGAAGGAAUACUAGAAGAUACACCCCAAUCAAGCAGCAAAGCCGGACACCACGUACACACGAAUAUGUCCAAAGCCGCGAUCCACAUGAUAACAGAGACAGAAGCACACGCUGCAUGGAAGGGCCGGCGUGUUGCUAUGAAUUCUGUUGAUCCGGGGUAUAUGAGUGCUGCACCGGAGUGCCGGACUGUGGAAGGGUGUCCGAUUGGAUUUGAAGAUGGUACGGGGAGGGUCUUGUGGCCUAUUGCUGUUGGGGAGGUUGAGGGAAAGGUUGUUUGGGGGCGCUUUUUGAAGCAUUUCCGGGUGGGAGUUGCCAUUACGCAGAGGGGGUAG